AUGGCGGAACCUGCAUCCACUACAACAAACAGGCUAACAGGCAAAAUAGCCAUAGUCACCGGAGGAGCCAGUGGCAUUGGCGAAGCGACGGCGCGUGUCUUUGCGGAGCAAGGCGCCCGUAUGGUGGUGAUCGCUGACAUCCAAGACGAGCUGGGCAAUGAAGUGGCUGCGUCCAUUGGCACCCACAGGUGCACCUACGUGCACUGUGACGUGGCAGAAGAAGAACAAGUACAGAACCUCGUCCAAUCAACCGUUAACGAUUACGGACAAGUGGAUAUCAUGUUCAGCAACGCUGGGAUCAUUAGUCCCUCCGACCAGACCGUAACUCAACUCGACAUUUCCCAAUUGGACCGUCUUUUCGCGGUCAACGCCCGUGGAAUGGCAGCAUGCGUGAAACACGCGGCGCGUGCCAUGGUGGAGAGGCGCGUGAGGGGAAGCAUAGUGUGCACUGCGAGCGUGGGUGGCAGCCACGGUGGCCCAAGGUUAACGGACUACAUCAUGUCGAAGCACGCGGUGUUGGGGUUGAUGCGUUCGGCGAGUGUGCAGCUUGCGGAGCACGGGAUAAGGGUGAACUGCGUCUCACCCAACGGGUUGGCAACGCCGAUGACUAGUAAGAUACUAGGGAUGAGCGAGGAGAAGGUGCAAGAGGUUUAUGCCCAAUACGCGAGGCUGCAAGGAGUGGUCCUCACUCCCAAACACGUGGCUGACGCCGUCUUGUUUCUGGUUUCUGAUGAUUCAGCGUUUGUCACUGGCCUUGAUCUUAGGGUGGACGGUGGCUUUGCUUUUGGCAAAUGAUGCUCCCGAUGGAUAACAGUAAUACUAUUACUAUGAAAUAAUUAUUAUUCA